AACGAAAUCAUUGAAAAAUGAAGUAUUGGUCGGACGAUCGCAGCCUGAUCGCUAUCGUGAUAGCGGCGAUAUUAGUCAUAUCGACAGGAAUGCAACCAGUUUCUGGCGCUAAUAUUCUUGGUGUACUCCUCAGUCCCAGCCCCUCACAUUUAAUCGUACAUAUGUCAAUUAUGAAAACACUGGCUGAACGCGGUCACAAUAUAACCGUUGUCUCAAGUUUAAAACCGAAAGUCAAUCAUCCUAAAAUACACAACAUAAUUAUCGAGCCAACGGAAGCGCGUCAAAAGGAAGUGAAUGAUGAAUUAUACGAUUUGGGAAUGAAAAAGCAAAACCCCAUCGUUAUGAUGAUGAAAUUAUUGAGAGCUGACAGUAUAAUGGUCACAUUGCAAUUGGAUGUUGUUAAGAAUAAAAAAUUUCAAUCAAUCUAAAAGAACAAAUAUGAUUUGGUUAUAAUGGGUUAUUUUAUGAAUAAUUUCCAAUUUAUCGUUCCGGCCAAACUAAAUUGCCCCAUGAUACUCAGUUGGACGGGCCAACCAAUGGAGAUGGUAAACGAUUUAGUUGGAGUACCACAUGAAGUAUCGUAUGUACCGUCUGUAUUUACUCCUCAUAAAAAUGGUGAAAUAAUGAGUUUUGGGUUACGUCUGCUAAAUUUUGUAUCGAGUGGUUUGUUGCGUUUUGCUACCAAUAUCAUGGAUAUUUCAUUUGAGGCGUAUUAUAAAGAGUUAGCAGCCGACGAUACAACACUACGUACAUAUUCACAAAUGAAGAAGAACGUAUCCAUAAUAUUUUGUAACAGCCACUUCAGCGGAGGUCCCAUACGCCCAAUGGUACCUGGUAUGGUAGAAAUCGGCGGCAUACAAAUCAAAGAGAAGCCAGCGCCUCUACCUAAG